CGGACCACGUGACGCUUCGGCUUAAAACGAUCAAACCAGGAAAACCAAAGUCAGAGCAGCAGGUUGAACGAGGAAGCAGCGAUGACCGACCGAGGCCUGAUGUUGGGGAGUCUGCUGCUGGUGUCCCUGUGUGUCGGGGCGGCGGCCAUGGACAGCAGACUGGACCUCCACUGGGAGCUGUGGAAGAAGAUGCACGAGAAGAUGUACCAAAAUGAUGUGGAGGAUGUGCGCCGCAGGGAUUUGUGGGAGGAGAACCUGAUGCUCAUUUCCCAGCACAACCUGGAGGCCUCGAUGGGGCUUCAUAGCUACGACCUGGCCAUGAACCACAUGGGAGACCUGGUGGGACACUUCUAUUGAUUUUUGAGUAUCAUUUGUAGUUAUUAAUGACCACUGUCUUGAUGAUGUUUAGCGGAAUAGAUAUAGUAAGAACAGCUCGUUUUUAGGCAACCGAAGACCCCCUAAAGGUUCGGUUUUAAAUGCUAGCUUUGGGGUUGAUAAGUUAGAUGUGGAGUUGCUCAAUGAAAUGGAACUUUAAGAUGUUCAAAUCGUCUUUAUUUUGCAGCUUCAAGAAUGCCCGAACAAAUUUCCUUCUGUUUACGUAACGUUUCCCCAAAAACAACAGUGCCGAGCUGCUUUGUGACAUUUUGGAGCUUCUUAAAAAGUAAAAUAAAAUAAACCCUGUCUUCAAAAUGUG